GAGCGAGAGAGCGAGAGAGAGUGUGGUGGGGGGAGAGAGGAGCUGACACUCUCAGUAAACACUUGGGAUUGAAGAGACUGUGCUGGAAAGAGGGUCAGACAGGAGCUGCUGUUCCCCCAUCACCUCCCCACAACGCAAAAAGCAAAACCCAGAAAAUCACUUGGGGGAAUGUGGAAGCAAGGUUUCUCUACUUCUUAAACAUAAGCAAAGAGGCUGGAAUGCAAGGCAGGGGCUGCAUCCAAGUUGCCGUGAGAUUGCGAGCCCUGAUACACUUUCUGCUUGAGAGGCUCACUGGAAACAAGGGCUGAAACUACAACAUGACCUCAAACUUUCAGCUGCCUCGUCCUCUGAAGCGAGGCCAGCACUUGGCUGGUUGCAGGACUGUGAGAGUGGCUAUACUGGGGCAAGGGGCAGUGGGUAAAACUGCAAUCACUGUACGCUUCAUAACUAAGAGAUUCAUCGGAGAAUACGAUCCAACUUUGGAAACGAUAUACAGACACGUGUCCUUGGUGGACGGGGAAUGUGUGCAGUUUGAAGUUCUUGAUACUGCAGGACAGGAAGAAGAUGCGAUAUUAAUCGAGGAAAAGAUCAAGUGGGCCGAGGGCUUCGUCAUCGUCUACUCUGUGACGGACCGGUGUAGCUUCGAUGAGGUUCUCAGGCUCCGGUUCUUGAUCAGCCACAUCCACGCUGGCUUGAAGCGGGGUCACAGUGAUGCCCCACCCCCCGUGGUGAUAGUCGCGAACAAGAAGGACCUUCAGUACGACCGAAUGGUGACCACGGAGGAGGGCAGUGGCAUCGCCCAGGCCCUCAAGUGCCUUUUCUUCGAGAUCUCAGCCCGUGACAGCUACGAGGAGACAGUAGCAGUCUUUAAUUUGCUUUACCGGGAGAUGGCGGCCAGCGGAGUGCUGUCAACCUUACGGCGAAAGGUCUCCUCCAAACUGAUGGACAAGAUACCCAGGAUCCCCUCAACCGCCACCAUGAGCUUAUCCACACGGAGUUUCAGCUUGAGCUCUGUAAAGGAUUUCUUAAGCGAUUAACUUCUUUCAUCUUGUGAAUCAGCUACCAAAAAGGCUUGCCUUAGUAUUGCGGGCACAGUUCAUCCCAAAGUGUUUUACAGCUAAUGAAGUACUUUUUUUUUUGAAGUGUAGUCACUGCUAUAAUAUAGGAAAUGUGACUGACAAUUUAUGCACAGCAAGUGUCCACAAAUAGCAAUGUUAAGCAUUUGUCGUUAAGGGCUAAAUUUUGGCCGGGACACUGGGAAGAAAUCUUCUACUCUUCUUUGAAUAGUGCCAUGGGAUCUUUUACAUUCACUCAAGAAGGUAGAUGGAGCUUCAGUUAAUACCUUAUCUGAAAUAAGACUGCUUUGCUAUCAGGCUGACUCAACGCUUCUUUUCCUAGUGACCCUCAGCAGCCUGUUGCAUGUCCAUCAUAUGGUUACAUUUGAAGCUUGUUGAACACAGGAGGGAUUCAAUGAGUCGAUUGGCCUCCUUCUGUCCCGUGCUGACUAUAAAUGGGGGCUUUUUAAAAAAAAAUGGAAAUAAAGUUAAAGGAUAACGAGAGCCUUUGCAAGUCCAUUGAAUUGUCUUAACAUUCUGAAAGUGAUCAAAAUAUUUUCCUUUCCUCUUAGCUGGAUAGAUGCAGUAAAAUUCCACGUGGAGUGAAUUAGUUGAAUUUUUAUGCCAAUCCUGCAGUUUUUAUGAUCGCUAUUUCCCCCGGGAGAGCUCACCAAUUAGAUCAAUGUAUUUUAGUGUCAGUAGAACCAGAGAUGAGGGGAAUAAGCAAUUAAAGUUAGCAAGAGAGGGGUCUGCAGGCAUAAUCUGCUCUUACUGAGGAUAAAUGCCAGCACAAAGCCCUUGGAUCGAAGUUGUUGUUUUUGGCUGUGUGGUCUUAGGUAUGUAGUUAUGUACUAGACUGGGCAUAAAUUGCGAGGGAACAGAGGUAAUCCACAGAGAAACUGUUGCACCAUAAUUACCAAAUGUAACUUGUAUACGUGUACAGAGUGCAGGCAGAGGGAAGAGGUGGCUGGGGGUAGUGGAGAAUAAUCAGAUAGAAGCAGCCCAUUAAUGGUUGUGGAUACACAAACAAACACACAGCCCAGGCAGAAUUUCUCACACUGCCAGGAUGAGGUUGACCAUUCCCAGAUAUGAGCUACUCAUGGAGUUGGACUGAGGGAGAAAGGGGCAUAAUCUGAUUAAGGGACAAUAAUUCUUUGCAAGCAUUAACAUGGGAAGGAUCAAAAAGAAAAACUUAAACAGGUAAAAGUUACCCAUACAACUGGGAGGACAUAUCCGAUCAAGAGAUAUAUAUUAAUAGAGAAAAGGAAGCUCCCCUAAGGGCAAUAGGGAACAAAAUAUUUUUGGAUUAAAAAUAGACACACAAGCAGCAACAUUUUGUUCCAAAGUUUAAUAUUAAAAAAUUCUGUACACUGGCACAUACUAAGUCUGUCUGUACCACCACUAAACACAGACAAAAUGACUCAUAUGAAUCAGACAACACAGCACAAGUGUUUAAAUUAACUCACAUUUGAAAGGACUGCACAGUACACCAUGAACAAGCCAUUUGCGUUUAACAUCUUUCGCUUUUAAACUGCUGCAAAACUGAAAAAAUAGAAGUUGUUCU